ACCUCAUUAUAAUUCUAUUUUCCUAUUUGAAAACAGCACCUGGAGACAAUCAAUUCCAACAGAGUCUUCAUGUCAGCGAGACGCUCACCACCAAGCGAUACGAUGGCGCUGCUCGGCCGUAACUCCGCUUCUUCCUGUUAGCGCGAAUCAGCAUAAAUAAAGCUUAAGAUCAUGUAUGCUACUCCUCCUUCUUCUUACGCACAUCAGAUUCUAUUCCGGUCAUGGCAAGCUUCCUACGCAUACAUCCUUCCAUACGAGCAGCUUUGGCAGCAAAUAAGCCAAUUGUAGCCUUAGAAUCAACAAUCAUUACCCAUGGAUUACCUUCACCUGCUAAUUUGAAAACUGCAUUAGAGAUCGAACAAACUGUUCGUGAUCAAGGCGCAAUACCUGCAACGACUGCAUUCAUUGAUGGAAAAGCAUACGUUGGCUUGGAUGAAAAACAAAUCGAAAGAUUAGCAGAAACGGGUAAAAAGGCCACAAAGACAAGUCGUAGAGAUGUGGCUGGCAUUUUGGCCGCGGGGAAGGAUAGUAUAGGCGCAACUACGGUCAGUGGGACGAUGCUCCUUGCUCAUCUAGCGGGAAUUCCAAUCUUUGGUACCGGUGGAAUUGGCGGAGUUCAUAGAGGAGGAGAAAAUUCUCUAGAUGUUUCCGCAGAUUUGACAGAGUUAUCUAGAACGCCAGUAGCAGUAUUUUGCUCAGGCUGCAAAUCCAUCUUGGACAUUCCCAGGACAUUGGAAUACCUUGAAACGAUGGGAGUAAAUGUACAUUCUUUCAACGCAUCAGGAGAAUUCCCGGCAUUUUAUACUGCAAGUUCGGGCAGCAAAGUCUCACAAGUGCGUGACAUUGUUCAUGCUGCAAAGAUUAUACAUGCUGGUCAAUCUUUCGGAAUGCAAAAUGGAUUUGUUUUUGGAGUUCCUAUCCCUGAAGAAUUUGAACAAGCGGGUAUACAAAUUCAAACAGCUGUCGAACAAGCCGUACGUGAAUCAAUCGAACAAGGAAUCGAUAAACGUGGAAAAGAAGCCACCCCUUGGCUCCUGCAACGUGUUGGAGAAUUGACAAAAGGUGAUUCGAUCGUAAGCAAUAGAGGUCUGGUCUUGAACAAUGUCAAAGUUGCUUCGCAAGUCGCAAACGAAUUGCAGAAAUUACGUGCAAAAAGUGAGGAGGAGCUGAAAGAAGAAGCAAUGCAGGGAUUCUCACCUGCGUUCCCAAAUGGUCACUCAAGCAGGUAAGCAUGCAUCGUAAGUUGGAACACCAAGAGUGCUCCUUCUAUCUUGGUUGUAGGAUAUGCAGCAGUCGACAUCACCGGACAGAAGGAC